AUGUUCACAGGUCUGAUCGAACAUCUGGGAACCGUCGCUUCUAUCACGCGCGACAGCGGCGGGUGCACUCUCGCCAUCUCAGACAGCGCGCCUAUACUGGAUGACUGCCGCAUCGGAGACUCGAUAGCUGUGAAUGGCGCAUGCCUGACGGUGACGAAGUUCAAUAGGGACGAGAAGGAGGAGGGUGGCUGGUUCGAGGUGUGGCUGGCCAACGAGACGUUAGACAGGACGGACUUGGGCGAGAAGGUGGGGGACCAGCUGAAUCUAGAGCGCGCUAUGGGUGCACACAUCCGUUUUGGUGGUCACUUUGUGCAGGGCCAUGUCGAUACGACGGCGACUCUUAUCUCAAAAAUCCCAGACGGCGACUCCCUGCGCCUGCUCUUCCAGCUGCCCGAACCGACGCCAGCCAGGCCGUCGCUCCUCCCUUAUCUCAUCCCGAAAGGUUACGUUGCGAUCGACGGGACCUCGCUCACUCUCACUUCCGUUGACGAUGCACAGCGGACGUUCGGAAUAAUGCUGAUACAGCACACGCAAGAGAAAAUCACGCUCAGUAAAAAGGCGGUUGGAGCGCAGGUGAAUAUCGAAGUGGAUAUGGUGGGGAAAUAUGUCGAGAAGAGCGUUGUGGCGGCGUUGCAGGGCGGUGGUGGAGAAGGUGUCAAGGCGUUGGUUGAGAAGGUCGUUGAAGCGGUGUUGGCGAAGAAGGGGAUCAGCUGA